AUGUUGGCAGAGGUGGAGGCUAUCGUCAACACGCGCCCUCUAACCUACGUCCCGGGUGGGGAAGACAGCCUGGAUGGAGUGGUACUUACGCCAGCCCACUUCAUUGCCAACGGACGCAGCCUUGGUAUUCCAAUCCCCUCUGCGACACUGGAGGACAUCGACUUUGCACCACACCGAGAUCCAGCCAGAGAGAUGCUACACACGUGGCAGUGUCAGUUGGCAAGUCUGGAUACGUUCUGGACCAUAUGGGAGAAGGAGUACUUGCCAAUCCUCCGGUCCGACACCGGGCAUUGCCAAUCUCGGAAGUCCAUCUUUGAGCCAACAGUGCACUCAGUUGUUCUGAUCAAAGAUGAGCGCGUGCCAAGGGGAUCUUGGAGACUGGGCAAGAUCACGCAACUGAUUCGCAGCGAGACAGAUGGAAAGGUUAGGGCAGCGCGUGUCAUCACAGCUGCGGGAACAACCGUUUCACGUCCGCUGAGCUGCCUCUACCCCCUCGAAGUAGCUCCACCGUCGAUAGCCGAAGAGCUUCCGGCCGAAGCCCCACCGGUGAUGGAUGACGAACUCCCUGCAGCAGCAGCAGCAGCAGCAGCUCCGCCGUCGACAACCGACGCCCCACCCACAGCAACAGCCGAGCCGAGAGCAAGACCACGCAGGGCGGCUGCAGCCCAAGCAACAGACGGAAUCCUGGCUUGUCUAUUGGAUAUUUAG